AUGUCAGAUUUACAUGAACUAUGUUAUUUCGAAGAGAGACCAGUUACUAGAGAUAUAUAUCUUUCACCACUCAAGCAUUAUUUGAAGUCUGGAAUUCCAGCGACGUAUACCUUGGAAGAUGUUGCCAACUAUGAGAAGAAUAUUGAAAACGCUGAAGUGACCUCUGCAACCACUCCAUUGCAUUUGAUUUGCUCAAAUAUACCAAAAGAUGUUUCUGAAUCUGAAAGAAAUGUGGUUUUGGAAAUGAUUGACGAAUUGUUAUUUUGGGGUGCUGGUUGGUGUUUAACCGAUAGGAAUAACCAAACUCCUGGAUGUAUAUUGGUGAGUAGAGGGCUUAAAGAUUCUGAAUUCUAUUCAAAGAUUGUGGAUGCUGGAGUGAGAGCAGAAAUAUUAUUGAGAAAAAUCGAAGACGCUUCUGAUUUUGAGUUUGUUGAAGAUAAAACGGAUGAACUGGUUAAGGAAAAUGAACCAGCAGAAAGCGAAAUAAUAGAGAACAGAAAAAAUAUCAAAAUUUUAAAAACAAAUGAAGAUCUUAUUGAAGACGAUAAAGCCGAUCCAUCUUAUAAUCAAGAGGCCUUUUUAAAAUCCAAACUCGAAUACAAAGAUAACUCUCUAUUAACCAAAGAAGGAAAUGAUGGUGUUAUGAUGAGAUGGGAAGAAAAUUUAAUGCAAGCAGGAUGUGAUUCCUUAUUUCAAAAUUACCAGGAAGAUGAAACCAAAGAAAUUAAUGUUUUAAACAUUGGCUAUGGUAUGGGUAUUAUUGACUCUAUUAUUGAAAAAAAAGGAAAAUCAUUACCCAAAGGUUUUAAAUUCACUCAUUUUAUAUGUGAAGCACAUCCUGAUGUUUUAAAGGAAAUUGAAAAUCGAAAAUUAGACCAAAUUUCCAAUAUCAAAAUAUUAAAGGGGAGAUGGCAAACUGAAUUGCCAAAAUUAUUAUCUCAAAACGUAUUUUUCAAUGGAAUUUAUUAUGAUACAUAUUCGGAGCAUUAUGAGGAUAUGUUGGAACUAUUUGAUUUAAUUGUUGGUUUAUUAAAGCCAGAGGGAAAUUUUUCGUUUUUUAAUGGAUUGGGUGCAGAUAGAGAAGUAUGCUAUGAUGUUUACAAGAAAGUGGUUGAACUUGAUUUAAACAACUACGGAUUGGAAAUCAAGUUUGAUACAAUAAAAAUUCCAGAAGAGACUUUAAAAUUUUUAAAUGACAAAUCAUCAGAUAAUAAGAUUAGAAAAUCAUAUUGGAGUUGUUCCUUUUAUUAUCAUCCAACAGUUACAUUUAUGUUAUAUUAA